AUGGCCUCUCACACUUUAGCAGGAACCCUAUUUACAGUACAAACUGUAGCUGGAAUUUCAGCAAAUUUCUCCCUUCUUUAUCAUUAUGUCUCUCUGUGUAUCACUGGAUUUAGGUUCAAGUCCACAGAUGUCAUAGUUCAGAACCUGACUGUAGCCAACUCCCUUAUCAUGCUUUCUAAAGGAAUCCUACAGACCAUGACAGCAGUUGGAGUAAAAUAUUUCCUUCAUGAGUUUGGUUGUAUAUCCAUUUUGUAUAUUUAUAGAGUGGCCAGGGGUGUGUCAAUUGCAACAACCUGCAUACUCAGUGUGUUUCAGAAUAUCAAGAUGAGCCCCAUGAACUCCAGCUGCAAGAAGCUUAAAACAAAAGCCCCCCAGUACGUUGAUGUCUCUAUUUUCCUUUGUUGGAUCCUAUAUAUGUGUGUAAACUUAAUUUUCCCCCUGUACAACCACAGCAAAUGGAAUUUCAAAAACAUCACAUGGAAACUAGAUUCUGGGUACUGCUCUGCAGGGCUUCAAGAUGGAAUCACAGGUUCAUUGUACAUAGUACUGUUAUUGUUACCUGAAGUUUCAUUCUCAGGGCUCAUGCUGUGGAGUAGCACCACUAUGGUUUGCAUCCUACACAGGCACAGGAAACAGAUGCAGCACAUCCACAAGGCAAGGCUCUCCUCUAGACCCUCCCCCGAGGCCAGAGCUACCCAAAACAUCCUGGCCCUGGUAUGCACCUUUGUGUCUUUUUAUACACUCUCAUCCACUUUUUAUGCUUAUAUUGCUGCCUUUAAUAUUUCCAGUAAGUGGCUGUUGAACACCUCUGCCCUAAUUUCUACAUGUUUCCCGACCAUCAGCCCUUUGGUUUUAAUGAACCGUGACCCAAUUCUAACAAGACUCUGGAUCAAAAUCAGACAGUCUGUUAGAUGCAUGUAA